ACAACCAACAGAUUACAGCCUUUUAAUCACUUCACUGGUGUUGCUCUGCACAAAACUGGCUCAGAAAGAUGAAACUCACAGUAUCGGCUUUCAUGCUUUUGAUCUGCACAGCUGCACUGCUGUCCACAACAGAGGGUAGACCUAAAAGCCAACAGCUAAGCUGCAGGUGCCCACGAAUGCAUUCAGAGCCAGCAAUUCCUGCUAAUAAAGUACUCUCACUGAGGGUUAUUCCUGCUGGACCAAUUUGCAAAAAUGAGAAUAUCAUUGCCACAAUGAAGAAAGGACAGGUGUGUCUUGAUCCUACUAAAGACUGGGUGAUUUCUCUCAACGAAGAAAUCAAAAAGAGGAACCUCAAGAGCCAACCAUGAAUGAUUAUCACUGUUCAAUUUUGUCAUCUCUGGGUGAUACACACUGCAAAUUUUAAAGAGUGAAUUUAACUCCCUCAGAGAUGAAAUUAACAUUUACCCAGUGUAUAUAUGGAUACCAAUGGUAAAGUGUUAAACUAACACUUUUGAAUGAGUUAACAUUAUUAACAUUCUGACAGUGUUACUAAGAAACUCUAAAAGGUAAAAUAUUAACACCAGAAUGGAUGAUGAGAACACCAGUGUUGGUGUUCAAAGUAAACUCUCAUGGAUUAACUGGUCAACACUGCACCAGUGUUCACGCAAAAAUAUUAACAAAUAAACUAAAUAAACAAAUAAACUCUUUUUUUAAACAUUGUAAAA